CCAGUUCAUGGAAGGCCAAGAUGCCCGUCACACGCGACGUCCUUCGAAGCUUCGGCCGUUCCGCCAGGACAACCCUGCUGGCUGACACCGCAACUUCUGCAGCAGUGAGGGCGAAGGUCGAGGACUUCAGGGCCGGCGAGAAGUGGGCAAAGAACUUCGUGAAGCGCAACAACAUCCACAGCGUGCGACUUCAUGGCGAGGCUGGUAGCGUCAACAUGGCGGCUAUCAAGGAGGGCAUGGACGAAGUCAGGGCCCUUUGCGCGAAGUACCCGGCUAGGUUCAUCUUCAACGUCGACGAGACAGGCCUCCAGUGGAAGCUCCUGCCCAGGCGCACGUACCUUUCCACCUCGGAGGAUCGGAAGACGGCGCGGGGUUCAAAGAGCAUGUACUUCAAGGACCGACUGUCUGCCUUCAUGUGCUGCAACGCCGACGGCACUGCGAAGGUUGACAUGGCCAUCAUCGGGAGGGCAAAGGAACCCCGCUGCUUCAAGAGCGCGCCUUCACCUCUCAAGUACUACUCGCAAACCAACGCGUGGUCCGACUCUGCGACGUUCCUCAAGUGGUGGCUUCAAGUCUUCCUCCCGUUCGUUCGGCGCUUCACUCACGAACCUGUGCUGCUGCUGAUGGACGGCUGUGCCUCUCACGGUGAUCUCGUGGAUGACCGGGGGCAAGUGACCGUCAAGUUCUACCCUCCGAAGUGCACCUCCGUACACCAGCCCAUGGAUCUGGGGAUCAUUGCCAAGACGAAAGUGGUCUUCAGGAAGGAGUUGCUCGACGUGAAGACAUCAACUAUGUUGGUGGCUGACACACUUCGCGCCCAGGCGAAAGCCCGCAAGAUGAAGGCCGGGACAAUGGGGCUGGCGCAAGGGCACCAACCUCAUCUGCGGGACGCCGCAGAACUUCUCAAGAAAGCAUGGGCCAGCAUCACCGCCCAGGAUAUCGCCAGGUGCUUUGUCAAGGCCGACACGCUUCCGUCAGAGAUGGCGGCUGAGCUCACCACACAACACGGAAAGACCCGGUUCAGCAUCGCCGAGCCUGACCUGAAGGCUCUCACGGAGACCGUCAACAAGUUGAGCACGAGCGUCGGCGAAGCGCAAAAGCAAGGAGCCGGCAUCGUAGACGAGGAAAUCAGCGAGCUCUUCGCAGAACUCGACAUCGAACCCGGAAAGCCGGUCGAGGAAGAAGCGGUGAGCGCGAUUCGGGGGUGGGCUACCAUCGAGGACGACGAGGAGGUGACGGAGGCUCUUCGACUGGACGCAGCGGACGAAAUGGCGGAACUGCUGGCUGGAAUGCAAGUGACUACCGGCGGUGAUGAGGAGGACGAAGUGGAGGGCAGUGACGAUGACAACUCGGGGCCCGAGCGCCGUGCUCCACCCGAUUAUACUGAGCUGUCGCCUCACUUCAGCGUCCUGGAAGCGGCAGCAGAUGAGAGUGGCAACGCAGACGCGGCGUUCUUCCUAACGAAAGCGAAGAUGGCGAUGAUUGCAGCGCAUUCCGCUAGGCGGGUGCGCCAGGCAGACAUGAGAGAGUUUGUUGCUGGUACAGAGUAAGGUUGAAGGGCAGCUGGUGUUGCAAUGUUGCAAUGGUUGUUUGCUUUUCUUCCGGUGCGCUUCCUGUCGUGUUUUUCUCUGUCACCGUUUUUUCUUGUCACAUCCAAGGGGGUGCGCCAGGCAGACAUUACAGAAUUGCUGCUACGUUGCGAGGGCGGGGAGAACAGCUGUGGUAGAGUACAGUACUUAUGUAAUGGUCAUUUAUUUUCCGUGCGGUGCGCUUCCUGUCGUGCUUGUGUUCUUGGGGUUGUUUUAUUCUUUCUUGCGACAUCCAAGGGCGCCAGGCAGACGUUACAGAAUUGCUGCUAUCAUACGUUGCGAGGGCGGGGAGAACAGCUGUGGGGAGUUCGUUAUCUUCUUUACCCCUUUUUUAGAUUGCAUCUGCUUUUGUUGUGUGCUCAUGUAAGGAGCACUACAUCCGUCCAUGUUUUAUCUCCAAAUGUACACCGGGUGCAUGCAUGAGCGUCUUUUUUUCGCUGUCCAGGGGUGCCUUUGAGGUUGCCUGAAGAAUAAUAGUGCUACGGCCUUCUUGCAAUACAACACAUAAUUUGAUAGCGAGGUGAACUUUUACCGGGCAGCACAGUCUACGGUUGAAAGGCAGCAGCAACGUUUCACUAGCGAGUGCUUGCGCUGAGGUGGGAAAAGAACAACUGCUGUGCAACAAAUCUAUCUGGUCAAUCAAAUUAAUUUUAAUGUGCCCAAUGCCGUGUUUUCGACAGUUCAAGAGCUCCACGAAACUUAAUGAAGGCCGCCCACGUCGCCCACCCCACGAUUGGUCCAAAUACCGUUCGUUCGGUACUCUGUCAGCCCCGCAAAGCGCAAGCGCUGCACUCUGAAGUCGAACAGUCCUGAAUAGUGCCAAGCCGGCACUGUAGAGGGAUUAUCAGGCCCUGAAAAGUGC